AUGUUAAUUAGUGCAUUAAACGAGUUUAAUGUUAAUAGUGCAUCAAACGAGUUUAAUGUUAAUAGUGCAUUAAACGAGUUUAAUGUUAAUAGUGCAUUAAACGAGUUUAAUGUUAAUAGUGCAUUAAACCAGUUUAAUGUUAAUAGUGCAUUAAACGAGUUUAAUGUUAAUAGUGCAUUAAACGAGUUUAAUGUUAAUAAUGCAUUAAACGAGUUUAAUGUUAAUAGUGCAUUAAACGAGUUUAAUGUUAAUAGUGCAUUAAACGAGUUUAAUGUUAAUAGUACAUUAAACGAUGCAUUAAACGAGUUAAACGUUAAUAGUGCAUUAAACGAGUUUAAUGUAAAUAGUGCAUUAAACCAGUUUAAUGUUAAUAGUGCAUCAAACGAGUUUAAUGUUAAUAGUGCAUUAAACGAGUUUAAUGUUAAUAGUGCAUUAAACGAGUUUAAUGUUAAUAGUGCAUUAAACGAGUUAAACGUUAAUAGUGCAUUAACCGAGUUUAAUGUAAAUAGUGCAUUAAACGAGUUUAAUGUUAAUAGUGCAUUAAACGAGUUUAAUGUUAAUAGUGCAUUAAACGAGUUUAAUGUUAAUAGUGCAUUAAACGAGUUUAAUGUUAAUAGUGCAUUAAACGAGUUUAAUGUUAAUAGUACAUUAAACGAGUUUAAUGUUAAUAGUACAUUAAACGAGUUUUAUGUUAAUAAUGCAUUAAACGAGUUUAAUGUUAAUAGUGCAUUAAACGAGUUUAAUGUUUAUAAUGCAUUAAACGAGUUAAUGUAA